AUGGCAUCGAAUCUUGUGGGGGAAGCGGUGAAUGUCAAUGCGCAAAGUGCCCCGGUGGUCGGUGUCCCCGUUGAGGGGAAAGCGCCUCCAGUGAGUGGCAAGGCUCCUGCGGAAAUUCCGCCUUGUUGCUUUGGCCCUGAGGCCUGCUGUUGGGAGAGAUGCCUGCUUGGGACACCCUUUGGGUGCAUUGGGGCGUGCUGCCCAUGCUGGAGCUUCUUCCUCCUGGGUUGGGUCUUCACGAUGCUCUUCAUGCGUGAGGUUACGACGCAAGGUACUGACAUCUUCUCCUUCGACGACCCGGCUGUUGAGACCGACCUCAAGGUGCAACAGUGGUUCGGCUAUCAGGCAGCUCUCAGUGAGAAGCCUGGCUGCGGGGAUCAGGCGCAUGAGGACAAAGCAGUCUGCGAGGCAGAUGAGCUCUGCGAGUGGGUGACUCGCGGACCGAGUGGCUCUUGCCGAGAGCUCGAGUGUCCGGCUCCACCGCCCAAGCGUCGUCAGAGCCCACUCUACCUGGACUUCCUGCCGGCCUUCAUCUCCGUUGUCUAUGAAGCGGUGGGUGAGAACGGCAACGUCCUCGACGACGACAUCAUUUCAAUCAUCCACGAGUAUGAGAAGGAGCUUUUCACAGAUGUUGAUGGCGCAGAGUACACCUAUGAAGGCGAAAAUCGCAAGUCACCAUGGGACGAGGACUGGUGUCUCAUGUCAUAUCCAGGCCACGGCUAUGGCUCCCCAAAGUGUGCUUCGGGCGUGGGUCUGACGCACAUGUUCACAAUGGACGCAGCUGGCCUGAACAAGGUCAAAGAGCAGGGCCUCGCUGGCUACAACUACCUGGGGCUGGGGGGCAUGAUGUCGUGCAUCUGUGGGAUGGAAGACUCUUGCUCCGUCUGCAAUGCGGCACAAUCGAAUGAGACAACCACGACCACUACUACCUUGGAUCCCACUUCAGCCCUAGGCCAACUGUGUGCAGCACAGCCCAGCCGUGGUCCAGUCGCCUCUGGCCCCAUGAACAGCAUGGUGCUAGACAUGAUCGAGCAGCAGAUGAUGGGGACUAUACAGGCUGGUUGCAGGACCAACAUGACCUGUGGCUGGUCUCCUCCAGGAACCCACCAGAUCUGUAGUUCCUCCGCGUACUUCCCUGCCACGGACUCCACCGGCCUCAUCACCGGGGCUGCCAAGGACGCAAUUCUCGACAAGAUGUGCAACGCCGAGCUGCCGCUUUGGUGGAAUGCCAAGAACUCCUUCAUGCCCAUCUCCUUCGACUGUGAGACCCGCCACGCCAAGUAUACAAUCUCUCGUUUCUUUGCGGGAGCCAACGACCCGGAGGAUGACGACGAAGGCAAGAAGUUCCAAACAGGGUACGUGGAAGGCCGCACUGGCUGGUAUGCCAAGGCUGCAAUGAUCGAGGCAAGGUAUGAGCGGGAGCAUGGCAGCAAGUUGCGCAUCAUGCUCUUCUCGGGGGCGACCCUUAUCGCCCAGUACUUGGGGAUCCUUUUGGUGGAUGGCUUCCUUUCCCUGGGCUCACUGAUCUCGGUUUGGGCAUACAUGUGGCUGAUGUUGGAGAGUGUGUUCUUGGCUUCCUGCGGAAUGUUCGAGAUCGUGUUCUCUCUUCCGGUGGGCAUGUGCCUUUGGGUGAUUGUUGGUGGGCAGAAGAUCUUCUGGUACCAGUUGCUGGUCAUCUACAUGAUUCUGGGCAUUGGCGCCGAUGACGUGUUCAUCUUCUACGAUGCCUGGCUGCAGUCUGCGCACGCUGAGGGUGUGAAUCACAGCAAAACCACGCGAUUCUGCUGGGCCUACCGAAGAUCGGUCGGUGCCAUGCUCGUGACCACGCUGACCACUUGUGGAUCCUUCUGCAUCGGUGCCACAUCGCCGCUGCCUCUGGUGCAGAGCUUCUGCAUCUUCGCUGCCUUGGUGGUGCUGAUUGACUACCUCUUUUGCAUCAGUUUCUUCGCUUCCGCCGUUUUGGUGUACGAAGAGUGGAUCAAGGGCUUCGGCUACUGCUGCCGCUGCUGUGGUAUUGAGGUCCGUGAGCCAGGUACGUGCUGUGGACCUGGCUGCUGCUGGGGAGGGCUCAGGGCCUGCCUGACCUGCUGUGGAAGAAGCUGGAGGGUGAUGCCCAAGCCUCCCAAGCCAGAGGACCCCCCUGAGCCUCGAGCCAUGGAGAAGUUCUUCGCCGGCCCCGUCUUCCGCUUCUACACGAACCACAAGAUCAAGCUCAUCCUCUUCUGGCUUGCUGUGGUCAUUGGCAUGGCUACCAGUGCAGGUGUUCAGCUUCGCACAGCCAAGAAAAGGGCGCCCAUUGGCCGUGAAAACAUUGACGUCAUCAAGGGCUCCGAUGUUCUCUUCUCGGAGUUUGAGUUCUCCACACGGCCCGUCACCGCUUCCAUCGUCUGGGGGCUUCAGGAUGAUGAGCCCGUAACGUGGGCCCGUGACAGGCCGGACUCCACCCUGAACGCCCCUAACUUUGGGGGAAGCUCAGCCGUGAACCUGGCAAUGCCUGCCAAUCAGCUGGAGCUCUUGGCCUUGUGUACGGCUGUAGAUGCUGGACAAGAUGCUGCCAAUACGCGCUGUGGAACACGUGAGUGCUUGGCCCGUGGCUCACCAGUGGCUGGGUCCUGCCCACGUGAUGAGGAAGCCUGGCAAACCACAGGCAUCUACGUCCGAGCUGAGGAGAGCUGCGUGACAUCUCGGUAUUGCUUCAUGGAGGACCUGCGGUACUUCUGGGCGUCCAAGCAGGGCAACUGUCCAGGAAAGAACAGCAUCGCCUGUGCAGCAGCGGCUGGAUGCGCCUACUCCUCCACGACCUCAAGCUGCUACUCCACCACUGACCCCCUCAGCUACCCAGGACUCUCGGAGAGCGACUUCAUCGCGCUGCUGUCAGCACCAUCUGCUGGCGAUGCAAGGAUCACCGAGUGGGAGGACUAUCUUGAGCGAAAGGCCAACUACCUGAAGGGCGCCAACCGCCGCUAUGAAGCCGACUUCAUGACACAGUACACUGGGAUCAGGCUCAACACCGACAAGACGGCAGUCCAGUUUGCAUGGAUCAGCUACAAUGCGACUUUCCCACGUGAGAACACUGUGGAUGAGGCCAACACGUGGUACAACCGCUGGCAGGAGUUCAAGGACACCCAUGCGCCAGACCUGGGUGGUUUCCAAACAGCUGAGCUCUACCUGUUCUUGGUAACCCAGAACGAGAUGGUCAAGGCCGCCACCAUGGGUAUUGGCUUGUCCCUGCUGGUUUGCUACAUCGUGCUUUUGUUGACCACGUGGAACUGGUGGACCUCUACCUUGGGCCUGGUUUGCAUCAUUUGCAUUACGGCCACAUUCCUUGGUGUGGUUCCGCUUUUGGGAUGGAGCCUGGGCGAGAAUGAGUGCAUCUUCAUGAUCGCUACGGUAGGCCUCUCGGUGGACUACACGGUGCACCUGCUCCAUGCCUACAACUCCACGCCGGCAAAGUCGCGCAUCGACCGUUCCCAUGCCGCCUUGGAGGAGAUGGGAAUUUCUGUGGCCAAUUCGGCCAUCACCACGCUCUUUGCGGCAGGCAUGCUCUUUGCGUGCGGCUUUUACUUCUUCUUCCAAUUUGGAGGCUUCAUUUUCAUGGUCAUCGGGCUCUCAAUCAUGAUGUCCACCAACUUCCUGAUCCCUUUGUUGAUGCUGAUUGGUCCGGAGAACGAGCAGGGGAAUCUCUUCUGCUACCGAUUCACCUCCAAGAGCCCCGUCAGCACGGGCCCAAAGCACACUGAGUGA